AUGGGCACAAACGGAGGGGGCGGGCUAGGCGAAAGUGCCGGCAUGAUGGGGAGCAGUGCCAAUCAACCGCCAGUGACCGAGUAUACCCUUCAAGGUGUCAUGCGGUUCCUACAGACAGAAUGGCACCGCCACGAACGCGACCGGAACGCCUGGGAGAUCGAGAAGCAGGAGAUGAAGAGCAGGAUAGCCAACCUCGAAGGACAAGCACGGAGGGCCGAUGCGACACAAAAAGCGCUGAAGAAAUAUGUCACGAUACUCGAAAAGAAGGUCAAGGACCAGGCUGCCAUGUUGAAAGCCGAAAACAAGACGGCCGACACUGAGCCUAAGGUCGAUCGUGCUUCGCUGCUUCAAGAGAAGCUCCGCCCGUCACUCGACAAACCCAGUGCUCCCUCGAUGGACCCGGGCUCGCUCGAGGCCGGUCUUGCCGACGAAGAAGCCUCGCGCAAUGAGUUGAAGUCGUUCCUUGACCAAUGCCAAGCCGAGUUCACCUACUUGAUGAUCACCCCCGCGAAUCCAAUCCCCCCAAGAGAAUCCCCACCACUACCGGUAAUUGAAGACCUGCGGGAAGGCGAUGCAUAUGGCCAGUCGCUGUUGGAUCAAUCCUACCAACAGGGGCUGCGGCAACAACAGCAGCAGCAAAACCAUGUCCGCGAGCAUCUCGCUGCGCAGGCGCAGUCUCGGCCAGCUCCAGCUCCCAAUGCGCAGACGGCAGCCCCGCCAGCCUCCGGCAACUUCUCCGUCAAGCCGCUCGAUGUUCAGUCUGCAUCGAUAGCCCGCACCUCGAACACCGAACACCCUCUCACCGGCUACGGCAACGCUACCGAGUGGACUCCAAUGACUGCGUCUACUGGGAGACAACUAGCAGAACAGGGACCUGAGCCGCUCAGCCAACCCAGGCAUAUCAACAAGAGCGAGGAAAAAGGGAAUAGCCUUGAGAAACGUGGCGUGGCUGAGACGGACAGCUGGGACUUCAACGAUGCCAACUUCCCGGGUACAGCUGCGCCCAAUCAGCCACAGCAGGUCUCAUCGAACCGUCCGGAUACCGAUGUGUUUCCGACAGCCGACAACAUCCCGAAAUCACCGAACCGUGCGACCGCGCCGCUUGCACACCGGAGAAAGAGCUCGAGCUCAAUGGCCCGGAGGAGGAGCUCAGAACAUGAGCUGUCACUCCACGCGCUGGGCUCAAAGGCGGAGAGUGCCAACUUUAAGCUUAAAUUUGGGUUACGGGGCCAUCUAGACACCGUUCGGACCGUUAUCUUCUCUGGGGGUGGCAGCCCCGGCGAGCCUGAGAUCUGCACGGCUGGGGAUGACGGGACGAUCAAACGGUUCCACAUUCCGGAUCGGCACCCGGGCCACAUGGGCCCAAGCGGCUCUGAUCUCGACGUCGUGGCUGACUUUACACACCGCGGCCAUGCUGGAGCGGUGCUCUCGCUCGCCUCUUGGUCACCAGCCCCAAAUUUCUCGACAGGUGGACGCGCCCAGGGUGACGGGUGGAUCUUUUCUGGCGGCCAAGAUGCCACGAUUCGUGUCUGGGAACGAGGGCGCGUAGACCCCAAAGCCACGCUAGACGGCCACACGGAUGCCAUCUGGGCCCUCUGCGUUCUCCCGACUAACCUGGGAACCGUCUUUGGCCAGUCCAACGCGUAUGGGACCCCAGACCGCAUCCUGCUCGUCUCCGGGGCGGCGGAUGGCAGCGUCAAGGUGUGGGCGGUCAGCGCGCCCCCCCAGCUUGCUUCUCCGCAACCUGGCGGCGGUCGCCGGGCCCAGGGCGGCCGUGUCAGGGGCAACUCGAUGAGCUCCGGCUCAGCGUUUCCCAACUCGCCGCAGCCCACGACAGCCUCAAACUCGCCGUUCCAUCACACCCUCAUUCACACCAUCUCGCGGCUAGACUCUCAGGCCAGCCCGACAUGCAUCACGCCAUUGAGCCCCAAUGGGGAAACAUUUGUGGUUAGCUAUUCCGACGCUGCCAUCAUCGUCUACGACACGCGCUCGGGCGAGGAGAUUAGCACCAUGGCGAGCCUGGAAACAUAUGACGGCACGAUAUCGACCAGUGUGAACGCGGUUGUGGCUACGACGGUGGGGCUAGACCACCACCAACCUCACCCAGGCGUGAUGAGCGAGGAGGAUACGGCCGGCGGCGGGCCCACCGGGAGCGGUCGGGCCAUGGCUGGAUCUGGGGUCGAGGGUGUCAUCAUCUCGGGUCACGAAGACUGCUAUGUGCGGUUAUUUGAUGCCAACAGCGGCCAAUGCACGUAUAACAUGGUCGCCCACCCGGCGUCCAUCUCUAGCCUCUCGCUCAGCCCCGACGGUCGGGAGCUUGUCAGCGCGGGCCACGAUGCAUCGCUGCGGUUCUGGUCGCUCGAGAAGCGGACGUGCACGCAGGAAAUCACGAGUCAUCGUGUCAUGCGCGGGGAAGGCGUCUGCACGGUCGUUUGGAGCCAGGAUGGCCGGUGGGUUGUCAGUGGCGGUGGCGAUGGGGUGGUCAAGGUGUUUGCGCGAUAG